UGCAGUUCAAGCUGUGACAUAUUCUGUGGAUAUAUGGUUGCAUUAUUGUGUCUUCGCAAUAUCAACAUAUGAGGAUCCGGAUACCAUUAGAAGGUAAAUGCAUGAUUUUGGGUAUUAUUUAAUUUUAUAUAUCUCUCUGGUAUUCAUUCUUAGACUUGCAGGUUGGGUCUCGCUCGGUGGUCGACUUCCUUGUGGUGAUGUCUAUGAGGUUGUCUUUUUAUUUUCUAACCUUUUCUUGGUCUCCCUGCAGUAUUGGUAUCUCACAUAUAAGGCGAGAGGGUUUAAUAGCCUUUUAUUUUUCUUCAUGGGUUUAAUUUGUUUUUAUGUAUAUAUUUUCAUUUCUUUCCUAUUUUCUCAAAAGGUAUAUGUAGUAGUCAUGUAGUUUUCCAUGUAUUAUUGCUGCCUUUGACUUUGACACACUUGAGGAUAUGGGUGCAAUACAAAAUGCUGGUGGGAAGAUCUCGUUCAGUUAAGGGCUAAGAUGGCCUCUCUUCUAUAUGCCCUGCUCCAUUUCAAGGACAUAGUAUGGUUUUGUCGGGAAGGUAAAUGCAGCAUAUUUGUGUGUCUAAUGUUGAUACAGUGAAAAUUUUCCUUCUCGAUCUUCAGGGGGGGCCUCAUUAUGCAUAGAUUCAAUCCACAAUGACUAUCAAUCCUACCCUUUCUGGGACAAGUACAUAGAGUAUGAGUUCUCCCAACAGGAGUGGAGCCGUCUUGCUAUGAUCUACACAAGGAUAUUGGAGAACCCCAUCAACCAACUAGAUCGCUAUUUUAACAGCUUCAAGGAGCUGGCUGGAAGUCGGCCCCUAUCUGAGUUACAAACAGCUGAGGAAGCUGCCAUAACAGCUGCAAGUGCUGAGCCUGGUGUUCAAGGAGGGGAAGAAGGCGAGGGUCCUCGUGAUGGGGUGGAGCAAGAGUUCCCUAAAUCUACACUCAGUGAAUCUGAAGAAUUGGAGAAAUAUAUUACCAUAAGGGAAGAUAUGUACAAGAAAGCUAAAGAGUUGGAUUUACAAAUUCGCGACUUUGAGGCAGCCAUUAAGAGACCAUACUUCCAUGUGAAGCCUCUUGAUGAUAUACAACUGGCCAAUUGGCAUAACUACCUUGAUUUUAUUGAAAGAGGGGAUGAUUUUAACAAGGUUGUCAAGUUAUAUGAGAGAUGCCUCAUUGCUUGUGCUAACUAUUCUGAGUAUUGGAUACGCUAUGUUCUAUGCAUGGAAGCCAGUGGAAGUAUGGAGCUUGCAAGCAAUGCACUUGCUCGGGCCACCCAAGUCUUUGUCAAAAGACAACCUGAGAUUCACGUCUUUGCUGCUAGAUUUAAAGAACAAAGUGGGGAUAUUUCGGGGGCACGUGCAGAGUACCAACUCUUACAUUCGGAUGUGGCACCUGGUCUAAUUGAAGCUUUAGUAAAGCAUGCAAACAUGGAGCAUCGAUUGGGUCAAGUAGAAACUGCCCUUAUCAUCUUCACGGAUGCCAUAACUUCUGAGCAAGCAAAAGAUCAGUCCCAAAUUCUACCUUUCCUUUAUGUUCAGUAUGCACGGUUUCUUUACUUGGUUGUUGGCAAUGCAGAGAAGGCUAGGGAGGUUUUAACUGGAGCCCUUGAACACAUGCCAUUGUCCAGGCCCCUUGUUGAGGCAGUUAUCCAUUUAGAAACGGUUCAGCCUUUUCCAAAGAGAAUUGAUUACUUGGAUUCGCUUGUUGAAAAAGUGAUAACACCCAAUGCUGAGGAUUCUAAUGUGCUGAGUUCUGUGGAUAGAGAAGAAUUAUCUAGCAUAUUCUUGGAGUUUGUUGAUCUCUUUGGAGAUGCAACUGUGAUAAAGAAGGCGGAAAACAGGCACGCUAAGCUAUUUUUACAUCAAAAGACUAUGUCAGAAUCAAGAAAAAGGCAAGCCCAAGAUGGUCUUUCAUCUGAUAAAGUAAAGUCACUCAAAAGUGUUUCCUCUGCUGCUUCUCCACUUCUGUCUGCCUAUCCCAAUGGCCAGCAGCAAUGGGCAGCUGGUUAUGGGCCGCAGCCUCAAGCUUGGGCACAGGCUCCUCAGCCCCCAGUGCAACAAUGGAAUCCAGCCUAUUCGCAGCAGGCUGGCUAUGGAAAUUACAGUUAUGCUGGUUAUACCCAGCCUCAACAAGCUGCUGCAGCUCCACAACCGGCUGCUAGUUAUGGUGCCUAUACUCAAACUUACCCUGUCCAGCAGGCUUAUACACCACAGACUUAUGCCCAAGCGACGCCGGCCUUUACACCUGCUGCUGCUCAGCCACAAGCUCCAGUUCCUCAGCCUUAUUACAGCGUCGGUUGUAUACCUCAGUGACGAUGGUCGAGCGACAAGAAGCAGAGAUAUGGGUUCAGAUUUUCUGUCUUAAUAUUGCUGUUAUGUUGAGGAUGGAAACAAGAGAGAGAGAGAGAGAGAGAGAGAGAGAGAGA